GCUAGCUAGGUGCAGGCUGUCUGUCAAGCUGUCAAGUGAAGAGGCUGGGGCUUUCGGCUUGACACUAUAUUGGCCAUAACAGCUCCGGCCUAAAAGUUUAGAGGGACAUUUGAAAUAUACUUUACGUCGCCAAAUGAGAUAAAGUAAUGCAUCCCUGGUUUACUUAGAACAGGGAGUUCCUCACUUUCACAAAUUGAUGUACUGAGAGGUGAUUGCUAGCUAACGUUACCCGCAAACUCUCCAUCUUGUUGGUGUUUCUGUCGCAGCUUCUGUCGCUGUCUUUACACUUUCAAAACAGCUCUUUCUGAUUUUGGGGGAUACAAUGGGGGCGUUUUUGGACAAGCCAAAGAUGGAGAAGCACAAUGCUCAUGGUGAGGGGAACAGUCUGACCUAUGGCCUGAGCAGCAUGCAGGGCUGGAGGGUGGAGAUGGAGGAUGCGCACACUGCAGUCAUUGGCCUGCCUCAUGGGCUCGACCCUUGGUCCUUCUUUGCGGUCUAUGAUGGGCAUGCUGGAUCCCAGGUGGCUAAAUACUGCUGUGGGCACCUUCUGGAGCACAUCACCAGCAACCCAGACUUCCAGAGUGCUCUGGAGCCGGAACCCAACGUAGAGCGUGUGAAAACCGGCAUCCGCACAGGUUUCCUGCAGAUUGACGAGCACAUGCGGUCCAUCUCUGAGAAGAAGCACGGUGUGGACCGCAGCGGCUCCACUGCGGUGGGGGUCAUGAUUUCCCCAGGCCACAUCUACUUCAUCAACUGUGGAGACUCCCGGGGUCUUCUAAGCCGUGGAGGAGCUGUGCACUUCUUCACACAGGACCACAAGCCCAGCAACCCACUGGAGAAGGAGAGGAUCCAGAACGCAGGUGGCUCUGUCAUGAUCCAGCGAGUGAAUGGCUCUCUGGCAGUGUCCCGGGCCCUGGGGGACUUUGACUACAAGUGUGUGCAUGGAAAGGGCCCCACGGAGCAGCUGGUUUCACCAGAGCCUGAGGUGUAUGCCAUUCAAAGGUCUGAGGUGGAAGAUGAGUUCAUCGUCCUAGCCUGCGAUGGCAUCUGGGAUGUCAUGGCGAAUGAAGAACUUUGUGACUUUGUCAGGUCCAGGCUAGAGGUGACCGAUGACCUAGAGAGAGUCUGCAAUGAAAUAGUUGACACUUGCUUGUACAAGGGGAGUCGGGACAAUAUGAGUGUUGUGCUGAUCUGCCUCCCAGGGGCUCCAAAGGUGACUGCAGAAGCCGUGAAAAGGGAAGCAGAGCUGGAUAAGUACCUGGAGAGCAGAGUAGAAGAGAUCAUAAAGAAGCAGGGAAACGAAGGGGUUCCAGACUUGGUCCACGUGAUGCGUACGUUAGCAUCGGAGAGCAUCCCUAACCUCCCUCCUGGGGGAGAGCUGGCCAGCAAACGAAGCGUUAUUGAAGCAGUGUACAACAAACUCAACCCAUACCGAAGUGAUGACACAGACUCAGCGUCCACAGACGACAUGUGGUAACACAACCCCUACCACUAACACAGCACAGAGUUUACAAACCGUUACCCUCUCAAGACCCCACAGCAGCUCUGUUCAGCAGUCUGUCUCCCCACCACUCUGAGCGUUCCAUUUUCAAGAAGGGAAUAUGAUGGGAGGAGGAGGAGGAGAUGCUCACACACCCCUACACCCCAGAUAGAGCAGCACCAGUCAGCUCUGGAGUUCAGGAUCCCCUCCAUUUUGUCUCACCUUUAUUUUCAGCCCCCCCCCUUAACCUAAAACAUAACUACCGAGUCCAACAGGUUCUUUUUUUUUUUUUUUAUAAUCAGCUAAAACAAUUAUUAUUUUGGGCUGUAGUUAAUUUGAUUCACAUUUCCUUGUGUUUGUAUAUUUCUGUUUUUGUGAAGUGCAAUUGUCCUGUACAAACAGCCUCUAUUUAAUGCAGCUUGAGUUAAUGUAAAAAAAAUGAAAGAACCUUUAUGCACUAUCAGCCUUUUUCCUGCUCUUCUGGAGUUCCAACAAAUGUCUAUUCAGUGAAUAUUACUGUUUGUCCUCCAGGUGAUAUUAUCCUCUUGCUCUUGAUCUUUUUUUAGUUGAAGUCUUUGCUCCUUAAGAAACGGGUAAAUUGUAUAGGUUCACAGCACAGUAAGCUCUCUAAAUUAAACCAUAUAAAUUCUAAUAUCUACAUUUUAUUUUGUUUUCAUACACUUUUUUUCUACACGCUGUAGUAAUAACUAUGGUACUACAGUCUUUCAUUGUGUUUUCUGUCUUUUGGGGGAAAUUAUCUUGUUCAUCUCCUGUAAACAUAACACAACAAAGCAGUUCCUAGAUGCAAAUGAAGAUGAGCUCACCUGACACCUUUUAACACUUGCUGUGUUGGAGAGUGUGUGUGUGCGCGUGUGUGUGCGUGUACUGGCAAGCGUGCCUAGGUGCUUGUGUGCAUGUGUGUGCGCACAUGUGUUUGAAUAGAGGUAGGUCUGUAUAUCUGUAGCUGUUAGCUAAUGUUUGCUAUGGUGGUGCAGAUGGCAAACUCACAUCGGCUGGAGAUUAGGGCAAAUGUUCCUCCAUUACUCCUACAUACCUAUUGGUCACCCCAUCAGUCUUUCAUAUCAGUACGAUACAACCUCUCACUACCCCUCACUUCAGAGCUUUGGAGAACACUGUUUAUGACAGUGGAUGGAUUAAGUUGAUUUAUUGCUAUUUUAACUUUAAUGACAUCUGCCACAACCAGUUUGUAAUUAUUUGUCAGUGACAUAGUUAACCUGUCUACUGACAUGCAGUAAUUUAUGCUAGUCUGAACUUUGACUAGUUUUCAUGUCAUGAGUGUUAGAUUAUUUACUUUGAAUAAACGUAAUAUGUCACAGAUGUACAUAUUUCAGCUUUAUGAAGGCCCGGCAUGCCAAGUGAAGAGAUUCAGUGCAUUGUAUUUGUUGCAAGCCUGCGUUUGGUACUGAGAGGAGUUCAAAUCACAACAUCUAUCUGAUAAUCUGAUUUUACAAGUGUAGAAGUGCUAAUUGUUAGAAACCUUAGUUACCACCAUCAGUCUGAGUGAACCUUCCCUUAACAAUUUCCAAGUGUUUUUUUUUUUUUUAAUUGUUGCUAUAUUCAACUAUACAACCAAGAACAAAUCCACUGAAUGCAAUGAGCUGUCCUAGAGCAUCUUGUAUUUACUCUGAGUCGGUUGGGGGGCUCUCAGUGUAGAGUCCUCAGCCACUGCACCAGGAGCCAGUGCACAAUAUGCUAUGCUGCUAUAGUGUAUGAUUUGAUUUUGCGGUAAAUUUUUCCCUUAAAAAAAUCAAAUCAAUAGUCACAGACUAAAUCUGUAUUUAACACGUAGAUGUAUUUCUUGGCGAGAAAUGUAUUUAUUUUAAACUGCAUUGCUGCAAAUGUAUGUAUCUUUUCUGACCUUUUCAAGGAAUAAAUCAUGUUACUUGAGUUAGAUGCGCGCUUAGCAAGAUACUCUUGUUUUUGGAUGUUUAAUCAAUUAGAAUUGAGCGCUGUAGGUAAAGGUGUCCUUCUAAUCCCAUUGGGCUCUGCUCUGUACUGUUUGUCUAACACAGGUUUUCCCGAACUCUGUCCUGGUACCCCCGAUGCACGUUUAGUUUUUUCCCCCUAGAACUACACAGCUGAUUCAAAUAAUCAAAGCUUGAUGACGAGUUUAUUAUUUUAUUUUUUAUCAGCUGCGUAGUGCUAGGGCAAAAAACUAAACGUGCACCCGGGGGACCCAGGACUGAGUUUGGGAAACACUGGUCUAACACAGGGUAACGUACUGAAUUUAUAGUGUCUCUCUUUAACCAACUUCUGGCAAAAAUCUACCACGUUGACUCCUGAAUUUGAUCCCAAGAUAUACACAGUUUAGAGAUGGUUUGAUAUGUCACCCUUGUUAUAGUAUUUUAUCCAUACCUGCAGUUGUUUAGAAACGAUACGAAGUACGUCUCAGAUUAACUCUUAAAAUAUAUAUAUAGAAAUAUAUAUAUGUAUUUUAUUUUUUUACUUGCCAUAUGGACAGUUGAUGCAGCCUUAAAAGGCUGACAUGUCAAUCAUACUUACACUUUUUGUUAAAGGGUGAACAAGUCUAACAAUGCCUUCAUAAUUAUUACAGAGCAUUUGCAAACUUUUUUUAAAGCAAUGAAGUGACUGAUGAAUGAAUCAGAUGAAGUGAAGUGAUUAUGUAAGCAUUGUUGAGAUUCAAUAUUCCCAUUCAGUUCAACUGUCACAGGUACCCAAGUCACUUUUCCAAAUUGAGAAAGAAAUGUGGUUAAAUUGGUCAAUGUUAAAGUUGUUGUCAUUCUCUACUGUGAUUUUGUGUAAAGGGAACCAAGUUUUAGGAGCACAAAGCGGCGUCAACAACCAUAACACACAAGCCCUAGCUUUUUUAACGUCUGAAUAGUUGUUUAGGAUCUUCCCUUAAGGAGUGCAAACAUUCUGUUACUCUGUUGUCCUUUAUAAGCUAAAGUAUUUUCUACAGAAAUACUACAGUAUGUAUAUAAUUUUUUCAUUUACAAAUGAUGUAACCAAGGAAAAUCUGUCUUAACCUAUUUUGCAGGUUUAUUGUUUUACUGUCAAUGUUUUUUUUAUAAGACUGGAAAUAAAUACAUUUUUAUUUCCAAAAUGCAUUACUUUAAUCUUUAGGUUAGCCAAACAUUUUUCUGUCAUCUGUACAACUCAACACUGAUUUUGUUUAAGGAGUUUGGGAUUUAAGGUUAGCGUUCUGUUAACACACCAGUUUUAAUACGGGCUUCUCGCAUACUGUAGGACUUGCAUAGUGACUGAGGUGUUUAGAGAUGACGCCUUACAUGAACCUGUCAUAUAAUUAUUAUUUAAGCCUCAUAAGGAACAUAUGUAUAUUCCUCUAUAGGGGCCGUAUCUUGAUAUCUCCAUAUGCCAUGUUUGAACCUUUGUGUAAAUCUUACUCCACUUCUGAUUUUAAAAUAGGAUAUGGCUCCAAAAGAAUGCUGGUUUAGGAUGUGUUUGUGCUUUUUAUCAAAAUUUGACUGGUACCAUAUAAGCCGGACCUAAAGUAGAAAUGAAAUUGUCUUUGUUCAAAAGCAUAGCACUUACCAAGCAUCCAAUGUCUUCUUUUUCUUAUUUCCAUAAAACUACAAUACCUCAAAGUUGAUUUGAAGACCUUUUUGUCUAGUAUUGGUUGUUGUUCUAGACCCCCUCUCUGUAGUUUGGCUUUGAAAGCAGUCAUCAGACACUUGGUUGUUGUGACUGUCAGUCUGUGGUCUUGUUAAGACUCAGUUGUCAUGGAGUUGGCCAAACCCAUGUUUAUGUAUUUGACUGAAAUGUGCAAAUUUGAAAUAUUUAAAAUGUGUCCACAGCAAAUUAUAGCUUAUUUUAGUAACUAGUCAAAUCAUUGACCUUACCUUGUACAAAAAAAGAAUGCCCUCAAACCCUUACUUGUGUAAUUUCACCAACUUAUUUCCCUUAUGUGAUAUUCAACCAUUUCAGAGAUCUAGAAUUGUAACAAUGUUCAGGGUUCUAGAAAUGUAAGAUGUGUGAGAGGCAUUUGGUGUAAUUAAAUGACAAUGGUCAAUUAUGCACUGAUUGUCUAUAUUAUCAGCUUUUUCACAAAUAUUAUUCUAGAAAAAAACUAUAAAGCUAUUUACAGGGUGUACCUUUGCUCACCUGGAGCUAGUUCUGUAUCUUCAUACAGUUCAGAGGUAUACCUAGCUGGAGUAAAAUAGAUUUUAAUGCUUGCGCCCAUAUUGUACAUAAUAUUGAUGUACCUCAGUUGUGGUGUUACUGUGUGACCCUUUGGCAGUGGUGGGUUGUGUCCCCUUAAAUAGGGGACCUGAACCCCAUGUUGCUGACCUUUUCAGCUCACUAAUAAGCUCACCGAUUUGCCUUACCCAAUCUAACUCUACCCCCUAAAGUACUUGUUCAUUGGAACACUUCAAGGAGUAGUGCUGACACUACCUUGUAACUGAGAAAUUUCAAAUAGUGUUUCCAAGUUAGGGUACUUGUCUACAAAGUGGCAUACUAUGUUGGUAGUCACAUGGUACACCUUUUCAUUUCUGGUUUGUAUUAAAAACAAAUGUUACCUUGUUGAAUCUUUGAAAUAUUAUUUAAUUGCUCACUCCUGCAGAUGAUGUCAUACUUUGAGCAAAUGCAAGUGUUUAACAAUUGGGUAACCUUGUAAACAUUAGAAAUGUGUUCCAUGUUCUGCUAUAUUUAUGAAUGCAUUCAAGAAUAGCUUUAGAGUGCUGUAGAUAAGUAUUGUCUGUUGAUUCAACUGCUUCUCAGAGGCCUCUGUGAUUGACUACAAAGUUCAAUGACUGUAUAUUUUGUAUUAUGUUCUAGCUCCAAAGGAAAGACAAAAUAAAAUGUUAAAGCUUUGUUCCCUGAACUAUACUGUACUAUUUGUGUUGAGUUGAUUGAACAAAAUGCAUUCCUUGCUUGUGAAUUUAUGCAUUUUCUCUCCUCUUUCCCUGAACUUCUGUCCUUCUUUCUUUCAUUUGUUUGCCUUUUGAAGUUUGAAAUAAAAUGUAUAGUUUGCAGAAUGUAUCACUAAAUAAAUGGGUUGUUAUCUUCUAUA